ACAAUUAAUUUCCCAAUUAUUAAUUAUUUUAUAUCUAAUAAGCAAACCAUCACCUCACGCCUACAUUGCGCAUGCGCCGGUUUUGUCAGUCAGCUAGCAAUGGCCAUAUUUAUACUAGCGUUUUGUUAACAAGUGCGUUUAUACUGUCUAAUUUUUUCUUAUGUAAAUCAAAAAAAUAUUGAAAACUCCAACAAACUUCAACAAUACUUCAACAAAAAAAUGUCAGUGAAGACGGCCAAUUAGUCGUUAAAGUAUGAUUAGCGCGGUUUUAAUAAAUUCGGUUAUUUUUAAUGAUAUUGAAUAUUAUCUCAAUUACUAAGAUUUAAUAUAAUUCAUUUCAACGAUUUUUUAUUUUAAUUAAUUUUAAAAUAAACACGUGUCAACAGUCAUUACCACAGAGAAUUCAUUAUUAAAUGGAACAUCAAUCAGAAAUGGGUGUUUACGGCGAUACUCCUAACGUGCAAAACAGUGGAAACUAUAUUACAAUAAUACCUGUGGACUAUACACGUAGAGGAUAUCAGAUGCAAGCAGAAUAUCAAUAUAACGAGUUUCGAUCCCGCGAAGAAUAUUACAGCGUUCAAAGUCAAAAGUUACAGGCCGAGGUUAACGCGCAUUUGUAUUCAGUUUCGCAAAGGUUGCCCCACCUCUCGUACAGUCCGCUGGGGCGGCAUAAUGAGUGGGACAAACACGAUCCCCACAAGCCCCUCCAGUCCGAAUCGAAGGAGAGCAACAGCUCCGACUCCCUCGAAAAAAGCGUCAUGGGAUCCAAUCUGAGUAGCUGUUCUAAUCAAACCGGAUCCAGCAGUAUAGCAGCCGGCUCCUUCAGCACAACAGAACCUAUUACCAGUGGAGGGAGUUCGUCUAGUGCUAUAUCCCCACCAUUACCAGGAUCCUCGGGUAGCACAGCCUCUUCAUCGACGGUAACAUCGAACCCCGUCACUUGCAUCUACCUCAUGUCUCGUACCGCGAUCAUGAUGGAGAUGAGCUCGGAAGAAGUACCGGCCAAUGUGACAACAGCACGAUUCCUUAAUGCGGUUCUGGCCACUGAAGAGUUAGGGUUGUCGCAGCCUUCGACCAGAAGCGUGGCGGCUAACGUUUUUGCGUUGUGGAUGUGCAGUCCACUGUUGGAAAUCCAAUUGAAGCCUCAUCACAGUCCAUGGAAAAUCUGGGCAAACUGGCAGAAACUACUGUUGCGUUACGGACAUGGGUCAGAAUCGAAGCGACGUCGAGAUCAGCCAGUCUUGAGAUUACAGAGAAACGUUUUCUUUCCCAAACACAUCGAAGAAGGAAUCAAAGAUUCCCGUAUACAAGAAUUGUUAUAUGAAGAAGCACGUCACAACGUGGUCACAGGGAGGUAUCCUUUAGAGAGUGCUCAAGCUGUUAUGCUUGGAGGGCUGCAAGCUAGGAUACAACUUGGCCCCUACGAUCCGCACCGACAUACAGCUAAAUUUUUUAGGGAGCAUCAAGACAAAUAUUUGCCGAAACAUGCGCGUUCAGGGCGUUGGGCCCAACUACUGCCAGCCGGCAGGAAGGGCAGCCCCGAAGCCAAACUAUUAGAACAAGCGCAGAGACCUCCUGCCGCUCCACCGAGGAAGCUACGACAUAAAUACUUGGCUCACACCAGAACUCUCCCUACUUAUGGGGCCGCCUUCUUCCAAGGGCAAAUCGAACAGCCAGUCCGGAGUUUGACCAGUCUAUUGACUCACGAAGAUAUUCCGGUCUUGGUGGCCGUCAACUCCAAUGGGGUUUACGUGAUCGAUGACACUGAAAGCACAGUUCUACUUGGUUUGCUGUAUGAAGAGCUGUCAUGGGACAUCGGCCUACCUUCCGAGGAGCACGAAGAGAGUCUACCGUGUCUAUUCUUGCAGUUCAUGGUUGUCGAAAACGGUUUAAGAGUCUCCAAAAUAUUGCAGGUAUUCUCGAGACAAGCUAGCAUGAUGGAUACGUUGAUAGAGCACUUCGCUGGGGAAUACAGAAAGAGGCUUGGACAGGAGACGCCAAGUGAUCACGCCAAUUACGACUACCAUUCAGAUUCCGGUAGUAUAUCCCUGCCUCCGUUAUCAAGGCCAGAUUCUCCCCAACGUAGAUUGGCCAACAAGUUGUCUAGGUUGGCGUUGGCCACGCACGACGGACGCGGCAACCUGCUGGGCGGAGCUGGAGAUUGGGGCGCGGACUUAGACCAUCAACGGCCGUCUUGGAUAUUACCCAAACACUAAAAUUAUGUAUAGAGACUUUUGCAAUUAUUGGACUUCUUUGUGAUUAUCUAGUCAGAAUGUGUUCGUCACUUUUGUUGUCUUUUAAUUUUGCCUAUCUAUUCACCAGUAGCGUCAUAGGGCUAUUCUAGCUUCGCAUUGGUUGGUGGGCGAUCUCACAGGGCUUAGCCUGAAAGAGUUUGCCAACGUCUGCCCUAGCAAGAGCAGUGCUUCGCUGAAUCUGCCACCAGAAUCGCGAUCCGCUGAAGAUAUCCAGCGACAAACUCAGCGACUCAGUGGUGCUAUUAGACUAGACUGAAAUACUAAAUCAAAUUGUUACAAAAAAAAGCCUAAAUCCAGUAUGACAAUUUUUUGCGAAUGAUCGCGCGAUGAGUAGGAAGUCGUGGGACGGCAACCGGCCUAAUUUACCGUCUAUACUGAGCCACCAGCACAGAUAAUACACUUAAUAUUAAUUAAUGGCACCGGCAUACACUAACACAAAAAAAACCUUUAUCUGCGGGACGGGGCAAGUAUAACAUUCAACUAUUAUGCGAAAGAGUUACAGCUUCAGUGAAGCACUGCUUUUGUUAGCUGUUGUUAGCUUGUGAAGCUAGAAUAACCCCUCUGGGUUACUAGUAUAGGUAGGCCAAAAACAUACUAAGUACUUAUAACACAUGUAGUGUGCGAAAGGGACAAUGCUCUACAAAGCCGAAAUUAGCCGAAUGUCUCUUUCUAGAGGUCGAUGUGCAUUAUUUCUUGCCCAGUGUCUAUAUUAUAGUAUACGGGCAUCGUUGCAUAAGUAAAUGGCGCGAAUUUUAAUUCACAUGUGAUUAAAUGUUACUGUUUUUAUGUGUUUAUUUUAUGUCAUAUAGUGUAAAUAUGUUUAUUUUAGUUUAGUACCUAAAUAGUUUUAGUCGUAUCCUUUUAGAACAGAUAGAGAAAUAGAGUAAAUUGAACAGUCACGCUCUGGAAUUGGGCGCGAAAACAAUUUGAACUGAGAAAUAAUGGUAAAUGGUAGGCAGCGGCUUGGCUCUGCCCUUGGCAUUGCUGACGUCCAUGAGCGACGGUGACCACUUACCAUCAGGUGGGCCGUAUGCUCGUCUGCCUACUAUGGCAAAAAAAUAAAUAAAAAAAUAAAAACAUCGUAUUAAAUUUUUAAGCGAACGCACAUGAAAAUAUACUUGUGGGAAGUCAAUGUCUGUAGAAAUAAAUUUUGAGUUGGUCUGUUUGCAUAAUAAAGCAAAUUUUUUGGAA